GGUAGAUCUGGCUUCAUGCUUGAGCAAAACCCAGUCACACCAGAACACUGUUUGCUAAGCAAAUCUUCACCGCCAUCCCAUUUCUCUACCACCAUGUCCCUCUGGCGCGCGGCCGCCUCCCGCCUCCUCCUCACACGCCACUCGCCGUCGUCUCCCUCCGCCGCCACUGCCGCUCUCCUCCUCCACGCGCGCUCCUUCUCCCCGCCGCCGCCGCGCCCGGCCCAGGCGCAGCCCGAGGCGGAGGUCACGCCGGCCGAGGCGCGGCGCCUGGUGCGCCUCGUCGGCGUGGAGGCGCUGAAGCGGCGCCUGCGGGACGGCCGGGACGAGGUGGUGGGGUACGACCAGCUCCUCGACGCCUGCGUCGAGGCCGGAGCCGCGCGCACGCACGCCGAGGCCGAGGCGCUCGCGCGGGCCCUGGACCACGCCGGCGUCGUGCUGCUCUUCCGCGACAAGGCCUACCUCCACCCCGAGAAGGUGGUGGACCUGGUUAGAAGGGCCGUGCCACUCGCGCUCGCGCCAGAGAACGACCCAAGAAAAGAGGAGUUCGAACUGCUCCGAGAGAAGAAGGAAGCGAUCGACAGGCUAGCGCACAAGCAAGUCCGGCGCAUCCUGUGGUCCGGCCUAGGGUUCUUCAUGUGCCAGGUCGGGCUCUUCUUCCGCCUCACGUUCUGGGAGUUCUCGUGGGACGUGAUGGAGCCGAUCGCCUUCUUCACCACCGCGUCCGGCCUGCUCGUCGGCUACGCCUACUUCCUCAUCACCUCGAGGGACCCGACGUACCAGGACUUCAUGGAGAGGCUGUUCCUGUCGAGGCAGAGGAAGCUUUGUGCGGCGCACAAGUUCGAUAUGGAGAGGUUCAUGGAGCUUCAGAAGCACUGUAGAUGUCCCCUGGAAGGCCAUGGCCCUCGUGGUCCCUGAGCUUCAUGACUUGUAACACCCUAUAGGUUGCACGAUAGCCACUACUUAUUUACACGACCUCAUCGUUCGAGACAGCAAGCAAUGUGAUCCUGACAGACAUGGAUCAUAUACUAGUUAGCUACCCUUUGCCUGCUUAUCAGAGGCGAACUGACCUAUGUGUAUUUUGACAAAUUGUUUUGAAGGACCCUUGCAUGCUGAAGUAUGCUUGAAUAUAUUCCAAAUUUUGCA